CAGACAGCUCUACUUCCAACAGCUCUACUUCUAACAGCUCUACUGCCAACAGCUCCCCCAAACAGGGCCUUAGACAUUUGGAUAUCUUGUUCCAAUAAAUAAUCCAAGAAAAGAAAAAAAUCUAACCCAGAGAGAGAGAGAGAGAGAGAGAGGGAGGAGAAGAACGUUUGGCACCUACAUGUCGACAAACUCCCCCGCCCUCCUCCUCCUCCUCCUCAUCUUCUUCCCCUUCCCCUGCAUCUGCCCUGCACGUUACCGCCCACACGUCCUCCUCUUCUUAUUCCUUCUUGAUUUCUCUCUGCAGCAGGUGUAGGUAGAGGUGAGAGAGGAGAGGCGGAGGGAAGAAGAUGGCCGUAGUAGGAGGAGAGAGAGGAAAAACGCAUGUCCACGACCUGCCGGAGGCGGUCCUGAGCCAAGUUUUGGAGCUGGUGAGGGACGUGCGGUCCCGCAACGCGGUGGCCCUGGUGUGCCGCAAGUGGCGCUUCCUCGAACGCCUCACCCGCACCUCCCUCUCCCUCCGCGGCCACAUCCGAAACCCCUUCCUCCUCCCCACCUGUUUUCCCUCCGUCUCCCACCUCGACCUCUCCCUCCUCUCCCCCUGGGGCUACCAUCCCUUUCACUACUUACCCGCUCCCACCCGACUCGACGGCUAUCUCCAUCCCGAUAAUUAUAACGACCACCACCACUUACUCGCCGCCGACCAGCAGCACCUCGUCGCCCAGCGCCUCGGCCAGGCCUUCCCCAAUGUCAUGUCUCUCACCGUCUACGCCCGCGAUCCUUCCGCCCUCCAGGCCCUCGCCCCGCACUGGCCGGGACUCCGCCACGCCAAGCUCGUCCGGUGGCACCAGCGGCCCCAAAAUCCGCUGGGCGCUGACGUCGCCCCGCUUCUCGCCGCCUGUUCCUCCCUCCUCUCCCUCGACCUCUCCCACUUCUACUGCUGGACCGAGGACCUCCCCCCGGCCCUCCAGGCCUACCCCGCCGCCGCCGCCUCCCUUGCCUGCCUAGACCUCCUCUCCGCCUCCUCCGCCGAGGGAUUCCGCGCCUCCGAGCUCGCCGCCAUAGCGGCCGCCUGCCCCAACCUCCGCCACCUCCUCGCCUCCUGCGUCUUCAACCCCCGCUACUUCGGGUUCGUCGGCGACGCCUCCCUCCAAGCCCUCGCCGCCGCCUGCCCCCGCCUCUCCCUCCUCCACCUCGUCGACCCCUCCACACUCUCCUCCGCCCGGCCCACCCACGACCCGGCAGACAACGAUCUCACCCAGGACGACGCCGCAAUCACCGCCACCGGGCUGGAGAGCCUCUUCGCCGCGCUCCCCGAGCUCGAGGACCUCGCCUUCGACCUCGGCCACAACGUCCGGGACGCCGGCCCAGCAUUGGAGGCCCUCGGGCGCAAAUGCCCCCGGAUCAAGUCCCUCAAGUUGGGACACCUCCACGGCGUCUGCAAGGCCGUAUGGCUGCAUCUCGACGGCGUCUCCCUCUGCGGCGGGCUGGAGACCCUCUCCGUCAAGAAUUGCCCCGAUCUGACCGACGCCGGCCUCGCCACCAUUGCCCGGGGCUGCCGCAGACUGUCCAGGCUCGAGAUCCACGGAUGCGGCAAGGUCACCGAGACCGGGGUCAAGAAGCUGGCCAGCAUGCUCCGGUCCACCCUCGUGGACGUGAGGAUCUCCGGCUGCCGGCAGCUCGACGCCGCCCAAUCCCUGCGCGCCCUGGAGCCCGUACGGGACCGCAUCGAGCGCCUCCACGUCGACUGCGUCUGGGUCAGGCCCGAGCUCAAACGAUCACCUGAGAACAUGGCUAAAGCUGCUGCAAACCUGGACGAUCUUCUUGAAUUUGAGGAGCAGGAGAUUUCAGACGAAUUGAGGGACAAGAAAUGUAGUAGGCAUUGGGAAGAGGAGUGUGUUGAUGAUGGUGAUCCUAGCAAGAGCAGCGACAGCAGCAGUGGUUUCUGGUGUUGGAUAUGGGAUCGGCUCCGCUUUCUAUCAGUAUGGGUGCCGGCCGGCGAAGUACUAAGCCCCCUAGUGGACGCUGGACUGGACUGCUGUCCCGAACUUGAAGAGAUUUGCAUCAAGGUGGAAGGUGACUGCAGGACCUGCCCCAAGCCGGCCCAGCGAGUAUUCGGACUGAGCUCCCUCUCCCGCUAUCCUCGGCUGGCAAAGAUGAAGCUGGACUGCGGGGAGGCGAUCGGAUAUGCGCUGACUGCGCCGACAGGGCACAUGGAUUUGAGCUUGUGGGAGAGGUUCUACCUUCAUGGGAUCGGGGACCUGAACCUCUAUGAGCUCGACUACUGGCCGCCGCAGGACAAGGAGGUGAACCAGAGAAGCCUCUCCCUUCCGGCGACCGGCCUGAUCCAGGAGUGUCUUACUCUGAGGAAGCUUUUCAUCCACGGAACUACCCACGAGCACUUCAUGAGGUUCUUUCUCGCGAUGCCUAAUCUCCGGGAUGUGCAGCUCAGAGAAGAUUACUAUCCGGCGCCAGAGAAUGAUACGAGCACCAAGAUGAGAGUGGAUUCCUGCAGUCGCUUCGAAGAUGCUUUAAACAGCACGUUAAUUCCUGAUUAGCAAAACGUUCGAGGGGUGUCCACCCCACCCAUUUUCCCGGUUAUAUAGGCGGCGUACAAAUGCUGCAGGGGAACUUGAGCCGAGUUCAUCAUACGCAUGAAUAAGAGUUUUGGAUUCGAACAAUUCUCACGGUCUCAGACACAGGAGGCUUCACCCUUGAAAAUGAGCAAAAUACUGCUAUAUUGUUCCUUAGGAUUGCAUGACAUGAGUAGAAUAUGGUUUCUCCCCAACGCGUGCUAUUUGCAAAGAGAGCACGUUGAUUCAAAUUGCAAAAUUUGCUUUAUUUUUCACAAAAACGUAGACAAUUUACAACUUAAGCCGGCAAGAAAUUUGGCUCCUCUACCGUUGCUGUACAACACUGGUUAAAUCAAAUCAGCAAAGCGUGUACUCGCAGUCAAGCAAGCGGGUAAGGAUCUCUUGGCAACUGGGUCGCUUUUCAGGCUCUGCCCAGCAAUCUG